AUUCGACUUCCCUUUCCGGUUUGCGAUGGACAAUUCCACUACCACCCGACUUCUCACUCUCUUGAACGUUUCUGCAACCAAGGGCAACAAACAGAAAUGGAAUGAAGAUACACCUGUGUCCAAAAAAUCGAAGAAGAGAGUUUCUGUCACAAUAGCAGGUCCAGACGCGAAGGAGCAAGAACACGCCAACGAUGCCAGCCCACAGGAGGAUGUGACGGUGCCUACCGAGGAGGCGGAAGACAUGCCCGUAGAGGAUGACCAUGACCCAUAUGAAUACCAUUUUGGUUGUAAACCAUCUGCGUUGUCCGAGAGUUCAAGAGUAGCUGUAGAUAACCGACAAUGGAAAUCGGGGAGGAAAACACGCGGAAAACUUGGAUCCAUCAUCGAAAUCGUCCCCGAUGCUUCGAAGGAGCCUUCUUUCCACCCCAAAAACAAUGGAAUUUUGGACCGCAUUGAUACUUCAUUCAAAGCUCGCCAAAAGAGUUUGACACAAGACGAGGUGGAGACACAAAACAACUUAUUGGAAACUAUUUCCUCGUAUCAGGAUGUUUACCUUGCUCCAAGUACCUGGGAGACAAAAAAGUGCUUCCGCGAAGCGAUAACUUUGCAUGCAUUGAAUCAUGUAACAAAGAAGCGUCGACGGGUUCUUAAAAACAACGAACGACUCUCGCAUGCAGCCAAAACAAAUCCAGAUGCACCUCCUCCUGAGGAUGUGCAAGACCAGGGUUUCACUCGACCUUCGGUACUUGUUCUCCUUCCCUUCAGGUCAUAUGCGCUUGAUUGGUUCAACGCUCUCAAAUCACAUACGCCUUCUCCCGCAUACCAAAUUGAGAACCAAUCUCGAUUCCUAUCCGAGUAUGGCUUACCUCCAGGUGCGGUAGACAAGCUGGCAAACGCAGUACCAGGGACCUACCCUCGCGACCACGUCGAGACUUUCAAAGGCAACGUAGACGAUAGCUUUCGGGUGGGCAUCAAGUUGACUAGGAAAACUAUCAAAAUUUUUGCCGAAUUCUAUGGAUGUGAUAUCAUCAUGGCCAGUCCUCUUGGUCUUCGUCAGUCUAUUGAAAAGGAAAAAAACGCUGACUACCUGUCAUCCAUUGAGAUGGUCAUCAUUGAUCAGCUUGACGCCCUGACUAUGCAAAAUUGGGAGCAUGUCAAGUUCGUUCUGUCACAUCUCAACGCACUUCCCAAAGAAUCCCACGACACCGAUUUUUCACGCGUCAAACCAUGGUAUCUAGAUGGACACGCCGCGUACCUCCGGCAAUCGAUAUUACUCUCCGCGUUUGAGACGCCUGAGAUACGCUCCGUGUUCAAUACAAACCUCAAAAAUGUAGCUGGAAAAGUUAGACUUGAUAAGCGAUGGGCUCCUAUCGAGGUCCCAGAUGGUAUCAGCCAGGACUUCGUCCAUUUUGAUUGUGGUAACCCAAAUGAUGAGGCCGACAAACGCUUCAACCAUUUUACGACCCAACUACUUCCAUCUGUCCUCAAAUCGGCAGUACAAAGCGCCAACACUGUUAUCUUUAUUCCGUCAUAUUUUGAUUUCAUUCGGGUCCACAACCAUUUCCGGAAGCAAAAGGGUGUGACAUACACUGUUUUGUCAGAGUACUCGUCGAAUCAAGACAUUUCCCGUGCUCGCCAGGCAUUCUUCACUGGCCAGAAGUCAUUUCUUCUUAUUAGUGAACGUUUCCAUUUCUUCAAAAGAUACAAAAUCCGAGGAAUCCGUAAUCUCAUAUUCUACGGUCCUCCAGACCACCAUCAGUUUUACGCUGAAUUUCUGUCUUAUCCUUUUUUAGAUGAUGGCGUCGAGAGUUCGGAUGUGACUUGUCGUGUUCUGUACUCUAGAUACGAUUGGUUUAGGCUGGAGAGAAUAGCCGGCACCGAAGGUGCCGGCGAGCUCAUCAAGUCCAUGUAGAGUCAUGUAUUAUAUGCAUCUUGUUGUCCACGUUUAUGGUUCAGUCACUGCAACCUCCUCGUUUGCCGUGCUAGGAUGCUAGGAAAUUGCUGAGCAACCAGCAUCCCCUCGGUUUAGUAUCAGGAAGCACUACAUGCCGCUGUUCGUGGUAGGUUCACAACACCUCGC